AUGACACCGGGAUUCUACAGCUUUCCAAAGGACAGUCGCCCUCUGUCAACAUGGCUUCAAGACAUGCAGGGCCACCAUCUGAUGAACCACCGCACCACUCCCGGACUACCCACAACAGCGGACAUAGUAAUCAUUGGCUCUGGUGUAUGUCUUCCAUACUUGGUUACAAACAAAACAUAUUAGCCACUGACAUAAAGGCAAUAGUUGACAGGAACGACAGUAGCAAAGCAUUGCGUGGAGACAUGGCCCGAAAAGAAGGUUGUUGUUCUUGAGGCCCGUGAGUUCUGCUCUGGCGCCACUGGCAGGAAUGCAGGGCAUUGUAAACCUGAUCAGUGGCGCGGUUUCAAGGAGUACGAGGAUGACUUUGGAACAGAGCAGGCGUUGAAGGUUGGUUUGCAACAGUUUUUGCUUACUGUCGUCAUCACAAGAAUGUCUAACCAGAUGAUCCAGAUCCUUCAAAAUGAGCAGGAGACAUGGUCAAGUGUAGUUGAUUAUGUUCGUUCCAACAACUUUGACUGCGAGCUGUGGGUCGGCGAUACUCUAGAUGUGCCAGUCACCUGGGAGUCGGCAGAUGAUGCUAAAGAGAUCUUUGAGCGUUACAAAGCAGUAGGGGGCAAUGUCGAUCACAUCAAAGUCACAAAUGACCCGGUGAAGGCAAGAGAGGUAAAUUAUUACUUAUUGUUACGACUUAACUUUGAAUUGCUUACAACGGUGCAGGUAUCACGGAUCAACGAUGCAAAAGCAUGUUAUGCUUGGCCUGCAUCGACAGUACAUCCUUGGAAGUUGGCUGCCCAUGUUAUGGGAGAGAAUCUAAGGAGAGGUGUGAAUCUCCAGACACGCACCACAGUCACACAAGUUGUCGAGUCCCACAAACAAUUGGGAAAAUGGACAGUCAAAACUGGGCGCGGCGAUAUCGAGUGCGCCCAGGUUGUCCACGCGACCAACGCUUACAGUCCUGCCCUUGAGCCGUCCUUGCGUGGUCUUAUCAAACCCACACCUCACAUGUGUAACUUGAUCGCUGCACCUGUGAGCUUCAUGGGGUCCAAGGCCCUUGAAAACUCGUAUGGUAUCCUGUUGCCUGGGGGAGGUCUGAUUACAAUGAACCCGAGAAUACCUACCCACGGCCCUGUUCUUUUUGGUGGCUCCAAUCCCGGCCAGGCUGAAUUCUACAAGUGGCUCCAGAAUAACCCGGAGAGGGCCACCGACGACGACAUUGCCGGCUUCCCGUCCGUGACCGAGGCUGUGAAAGACUUUACAGACGCUCAACUUACAGGAUGGCCCGGGGUUGUGACAGAGAAUUACAGGAGGGAAUGGAGCGGAAUCAUUGCAAUGGCAAGUAUUUCUCAUGUAGGGUGA